UCAAAAACAAAGUUUAUAGAAACUUUAGGAAAACGCCAAAGCAGCUUUGGAAAAACUUUAUGAAGAGCAGCGGUGGAAGAAAAACACAAUAUAUAUAUAUAAAAAGAACCGUGGCGUUGGUGCUCUUCCAAGGUAACCUAAACGGUACCUUUGCUGGAAUUUCCCCUCGGCUUCAUUCAGAUUUGAUGCAUUUUGGAACAAGUAUAUUUAAUUGGAAAGGUGGGCUCGGAACACACUCUUAUCAUGGUACCGUUAGGUAGAGGCUGCAACUUGGUCGCCGUUUUGCUGGUGUUUUUAAGCUUUUGCUGGGACGCCGCAUCCAACCAACUCCGCCAAGUGUUUCAGGUCGAGGAGGAGCAGCCGCCUCACACGGUGGUGGGCACCAUACUCACCAAGCCGAACUUCAGCUACCGUUUCAGCGAGAACCACGCUCUGUUCGCCAUCAACGCCACCACAGGUGUCAUCUCCACCACCUCGGUCAUCGAUCGCGAAAGCCUGCCCAGCGAUGUGAUCAACAUCGUAGUGCUGUCCAGUCAGCCCACUUACCCUACCGAGGUCCGGAUCAUCGUCAUGGACAUCAACGACAACACGCCCGUCUUCCCCGAGUCCACCAUCGUGGUGGCCUUUAGAGAGGACACCAGCGGCGGCCGGCAGGUGAUCCUGGACACGGCCACCGAUGCGGACACAGGCUCCAAUGGGGUUGACCACCGGUCCUACCGGAUUGUGCAAGGGAACGAGGACGGGAAAUUCCGUUUGGACAUUACAGUCAACCCGAGCGGCGAGGGCGCCUUCUUGCACCUUGUGUCCACCGGCGGCUUGGACAGAGAGUCUGCGCCUUUCUACCAGCUCGUGGUGGAGGUGGAAGACCGGGGGCUGCCCAAGAAAUUCGGCUACCUGCAGGUCAAUGUCACCGUGCAGGACACGAACGACAAUUCCCCGAGCUUCUCCAAAUCCCACUACCAGAGCAGUGUUUACGAGAAUGUGGCCGUCGGCUCGAGUGUCCUGCAAGUGACGGCCAGCGACCUGGACGAGGGGGUCAACGGGGACAUCGUCUACUCUUUGGACGAAGGGACUCCUUUCCAGAUCGAGCCGCACACCGGCAUGGUCACCGUCAGGGAGACUCUCAACUACGAGACCAAGAAGCAAUACUCGCUGGUGAUCCGCGCCAGUGACGGCGGCAGCCCUUCCCUGAGCGGCCGCACUGAGGCCACGGUCAAGCUGCUGGACGUCAAUGACAACGACCCGGUGGUGAAGUUCAGGUACCUGCCGGCCACCUCCAAGUUCGCGGCGGUGGACGAGAACGCCUCCGUCGGCACGGUGGUGGCCCUGCUGACGGUCAGCGACGCCGACUCCUCGGCCAACGGCAACAUCUCGGUCUCCAUCCUGGGGGGGAACGAGCAGAUGCACUUCGCCGUCCAGAGGUCCCCGGUGCCGGGCCUCAGCCUCAUCAAGGUGGCCAGCGCCCUGGACCGGGAGCGGAUCCCCUCUUACAACCUGAGCGUCUCGGUGUCCGACAACGGCGUGCCGCUGGCCCGCUCGUCGCUGGCCAGCCUGCUCAUCUUCGUCAACGACAUCAACGAUCACGCCCCGGUCUUCGAGAAGCCCGUCUACCGGGUGGCCGUCGGCGAGGACGUGCCGGUGGGCAGCUACAUCCGAGGCAUCUCGGCCACGGACGGCGACUCGGGGCUGAACGCCAAGCUCCGCUACUCGGUGGUGUCCGGCAACCGCCUGGGCUGGUUCAACAUCAGCGAGGAGAGCGGCCUCAUCACCAGCGCGGCCCCGCUGGACAGGGAGACCAUGUCCGAGCUCACCCUCAACAUCAGCGCCCGGGACCAGGGGCUCCAGCCCAAGACCUCCUACACCACCCUCAGCAUCACCAUCAGCGAUGUCAACGACCAGGCGCCCACUUUCCCUCACCCCUCCUACCGGUACUCCAUCCCCGAGAAUUCGCCCCCCGGCACCCAGCUGGACAUCUUCACCGCCCUCGACAAGGACUUGGGCGCCAACGGCACCGUCCGCUUCCUCCUCCACCCCGACAGCCCGCCCCGCUACCUGGAUCUCUUCCGCCUGGACCCCGUCUCCGGCCGCUUGGCGUGUGUCACCGAGCUGGACCGGGAGGAGCAGGCGGAGUACACCCUGUCCGUCCAGGCCCGGGACAAAGGCAGCCCCCCGCUCUCCUCGGUGGUCCAGGUGACCGUCACCCUGGAGGACAUCAACGACAACAGCCCGACUUUCUACCCCGUGCAGUACUUUGCCAACAUUAAAGAGAACGAGCCCCCCGGGACCUAUAUCACCACCGUUUCUGCUGCCGACCCAGAUUUAGGGAAGAAUGGCACCGUCAGGUACUCCAUCACAGCGGGGGACAUCUUCAGCUUCCAGAUCAACUGGAGCACUGGGGUCAUCUCCACCAGGCUUUCACUAGACCGAGAGGAGAAGACAGCUUAUCAGCUCCAAGUAGUUGCCACUGAUGGUGGAAAUCUCCGCUCCCAGAGUCCAGCUAUUGUAACCAUUACGGUUAUUGACACACAAGACAAUCCUCCAUCAUUCAGCCAGAGCAGCUAUAGUUUUGUUAUCUUUGAAAAUAUUGCCAUUGGUUCUCUUGUUGGCACUGUAUCUGCAUCUACACUUGAUCUUAAUACCAACAUCACCUACCUUAUCACUUCAGGAGACCAGAAGGGCAUGUUUACCAUUGGUGGAUCAACAGGUCAAAUUAAUACUGCCAGCAGCAUAGACAGGGAAGAACUAGCAUUUUAUCAGUUAAAAGUUGUGGCUAGUGGUGGUACUGUGACUGGGGAGACUUUAGUGAAUAUUACUGUCAAGGAUCUCAAUGACAAUUCUCCCCGUUUCCCUCAUGCAGUUGAAAAUAUUAAUGCAGUUGAAAACUGGGGUUCAGGACACACAAUUUUCCAGGCUGAAGUAAAGGAUCCUGAUGAAGGUAUUAAUGGCAUGGUUUCAUACUCCUUGCGGCAGAAUCCUAAAGGUCUCUUCCACAUUGAUGAAAAAACUGGAAUAGUAACUUUAAAUGGACCUCUUGACAUAAAUGCAGGCUCAUAUCAGGUGGAGGCAAUAGCAUCUGACAUGGGUGUUCCUCAGCGUGCAUCUAGCUUAAUUUUGACUGUCUAUGUGCAUGAUGUGAAUGAUAACUCACCAGUAUUUGACCAGCUUUCAUAUGAGGUCACAAUUUCAGAAGCAGAACCUGUGAACUCUAGGUUCUUCAAAGUCCAGGCUUCUGACAAAGAUUCAGGAGUGAAUGGGGAGAUCACCUAUGAUAUUGCACAAGGAAACAGAGAGAAGAAGUUUGGAAUUUUUCCUGAUGGGCAGUUAUAUAUUAAGGCGGAAUUGGAUCGUGAAUCUCAAAGCCGUUAUGUCCUGAUGGUUAUUGCUGCAGACAGAGCAGUGGAGCCUUUGAGUGCAACUGUGAAUGUGACAAUAAUACUAGAAGAUGUAAAUGACAAUAGACCUUUAUUCAACAGCACAAAUUAUGUAUUCCAUUUUGAAGAGGAACAGAAAGCUGGUUCAACAGUUGGUUAUGUCAAUGCUGUGGACAAUGAUUUUGGAUUUAAUGGUGAAGUGAAGUAUACUAUUGAAAUGCUCCAACUUGAUUUUGAGCUGAAUGCAGUCACUGGGGAAAUUACCAGUAUACACCAAUUUGACCGAGAGGCUCUAAUGAGACAAAGAGGGGCUGCAGUUUUCACCUUUACAGUAAUUGCAUCAGACCAAGGAUUGCCAAAACCUCUCCAGGACCAUGCUGCUGUACAGAUAUACAUCAGGGAUACAAAUGAUAAUGUACCCAGGUUCACUAAAGACCUGUAUCAGGCCACUGUAUCUGAAUCAGCAGGAAAUUUAACACAAGUACUGCGUGUUAGUGCUUCAGAUGUUGACGAGGGAAAUAAUGCUUUGGUAAAUUACUCUAUCAUCAAAGGGAAUGAAGAAGAACAGUUUACAAUUCAAAGUACCACAGGACAGGUGACAUUGGUAGGAAAGCUGGACCAUGAAGCUACAGCCUCCUAUUAUUUGACGCUUUUAGCAGUGGACUUGGGAAGUGUACCUUUGAGCUCCACAUGUACUUUAAUCAUCAGUGUGCUAGAUGAAAAUGACAACACUCCUUCAUUUCCUAAGUCUGUGAUGUAUAUUGAUGCAUUAGAAAAUAUGAGAGUUGGAGAGCUUGUAGAAUCUGCAACUGCCACAGAUUCAGAUUCAGGAGACAAUGCUGAGAUCCAUUAUAGCAUUACAGGAAGUAACAACCAUGGAACAUUUAGCAUUAGUCAUAAUACUGGUAGCAUCUUCCUUGCAAAAAAAAUGGACUUUGAAACCCAAUCUGUUUACCAUUUGAACAUAACAGCAAAAGAUAAUGGAAGGCCACCAAGAUCCUCAACAAUGUCAGUAGUGAUUCAAGUGAGAGAUUUUAAUGAUAAUCCACCUAGUUUCCCUCCUGGAGAUAUUUUUAAAUCGAUAGUGGAAAAUAUUCCUAUUGGUACAUCUGUACUGACAGUAACUGCCCAGGACCCUGAUGCUGAUAUUAAUGGAGAGUUACAAUACUGCAUAGCCCAGCAAAUACCAAGAGGAAACCAUUUUAUAAUCAGUGCUUCUGAUGGGACACUGCGGACCAAUGCAGAGAUUGACCGUGAAUUUUCCAAUCUAUUUGAACUUACCAUUAAAGCCAUUGAUCAAGCAGUUCCACUAGAUUUCAGACGUUUUGCUUUAAAGAAUGUCACCAUCUUAGUGACUGAUCAGAAUGAUAAUGCUCCUGUAUUUGUAUCACAAAAUGCUCUAGUUGCUGAUAGUGCUCUUGUGAUGGGUUCCAUUCUCACAACCAUCAGGGCUAUAGACCUAGAUGAAGGACCAAAUGGAGAAGUUGAGUAUGAAUUAGUCAAUGGAGAUAGUGAUACCUUCAUGAUGGAUCGAUAUAAUGGAGAUAUUAGAGUAAUUGCUCCUUUGGUUCCUUCCAGACUCACAUACCAUCUUGUUGUGUCAGCUGUAGACUUUGGACCAGAGAGAAGAACAACCAGCACUGAGCUGACUGUUAUUCUUCAGGGUAUAGAUGGACCUGUCUUUACUCAGCCAAAAUAUAUCACCAUUUUACGUGAAGGAGAGCCUGUGGGUACCAGUGUGAUCUCUUUAGAGGCAGCAAGCCCAAGAGAUUCUUCAGCAUUAUUGGAGUAUUACAUAGUUUCAGUUCGUUGUGGGGGAAAAUCUGUUGGACGGCUUUUCACAAUAGGGCACCAGAGUGGUGUCAUCCAAACAGCUGCUGUGCUGGAUCGAGAGCGAGGUCCAAAUCUAUAUCUUGUGGAUGUUUAUGCAGUGGAGAAAUCUUCUACUUUGCCCAGAACACAAAAAGCAGAGGUUGAAAUAACACUGCAGGAUAUUAAUGACAAUCCUCCUGUGUUUCCCACUGAUGCACUGGAUGUCAUCAUUGAAGAAAACAUCGGAGAUGGUUUUCGAAUAUUACAGCUGUCAGCUACAGAUGCAGAUGAGGGUCCAAAUGCUCUUGUGACAUACACAAUUAUUAGCGGGGCGGACAACAGUUUCCGUAUAGAUCCAGAAUCCGGAGAUCUUCUGGCCACUAAACGUUUGGACCGAGAGCGCCGCUCCAAAUAUUCCUUACUGGUCCGUGCCGAUGAUGGGCUGCAAUCCUCAGAUAUGAGAAUCAACAUCACCGUCAGUGACAUUAAUGAUCACACACCCAAGUUCUACAGGGAUGUGUAUUCGUUUGAUAUACCAGAGGAUGCUGCACCAGGCUCCAUUGUGGCAGCCACCUUGGCCAGUGAUGCAGAUUCUGGUACGAACGGGGAAAUCACAUACAUGGUAGAAGAGGAUGAUGAAGAUGGGGUGUUUUUCCUCAAUUCUGUGACUGGUGUUUUCAACCUGACCCGAACCCUGGAUUAUGAGAAGCAACCACAUUACAUUCUGACUGUGCGAGCAGAAGAUGGCGGCGGACAGUUCAGCACAGUGAGAGUUUACUUCAAUGUGCUGGAUGUGAAUGAUAAUCUUCCCAUUUUCAGCCCUUCAACUUACAGCACUGUAGCGAUGGAAAACCUUCCCCCUGGAGUAAGCAUCCUAACCAUUAAAGCGACUGAUGCAGAUGAUGGACCCAAUUCCCAGUUGGCGUACAACAUUGCCUCUGGAGAUUCACAGCAACAUUUUGAUAUAGAUAAUAAUGGCAUUCUGAGUGUUAAGCAACAGUUGGAUCGGGAAAGCCAAUCAUUCUACAACCUGCUGAUACGGGCUCACGAUUUAUCUCUUCUCCCAGCGAGUAGGCUUACAAGCACAGCUCAAGUCUCUGUUAUUCUGCUGGAUGUCAAUGACUGCCCACCGAGGUUUAUUUCAUCCAAGAUAGCCUACAUGCAGGAAAACUCUCCAAUGAACACAGUCGCCUAUAAAGCCCAAGCUACUGAUCCUGACAGUGGACCAAACAGCUAUGUUGAGUACACACUACUAAGCCACUCAGGAAACAAGUUCAGCAUUGGGACAAUAGAUGGGGAGUUACGACUAACUGGUGAACUUGACAGGGAAGAGGUCUCAAAUUAUACGUUGACUGUGAUUGCUACAGACAAGGGUGAACCUCCACUCUCAUCAACAAUGGAUGUUACUGUGAUCGUGCUUGAUGUGAAUGAUAACACUCCCGUUUUUCAACAAGUUCUCUAUGAAGUUGAGAUUAGUGAAAAUACACUUAGUGGCGUUGAUCUCAUCCAAGUUGCUGCAACUGAUUUAGAUGAAGGAGCUAAUGGUCAGAUCCGCUAUCACAUCGCCCAUGGCAAUCUGAACAAUGAUUUUCGAAUUGACUCUGUUACUGGUAUAGUAUCAGUAGCCAAGCAACUUGAUCGUGAAACGAGAUCAUCGUAUUCUCUGAUUGUCCAAGCAACUGAUCGUGGAAGCAGCCCACAGACUGCAACUGCAGAAAUAAGCAUUAAUCUCACAGACAUGAAUGACUUUCUACCAAUCUUUGAACUAUCGCCCUACACUGUGCACGUGCAGGAAAAUGCACAGAAUCUACCAAUGUCCAUCUUGCAGGUUGUAGCUCGUGAUGAUGACCAAGGGCUAAAUGGCCAGCUGACUUACACAAUUGUUGGUGGGAAUGAAGAAGGAGCUUUUACUCUGACACCUAAUGGGCAGCUAAGCCUGGUCAUGAACCUGGAUCGUGAAACAACAGCACAGUUUGUCCUGACAGUCAUUGCUACAGAUGCAGGAUCUCCAGUCCUUACUGGCACAGGCACCAUCACCUUGAUUGUCAGCGACGUCAAUGACAAUAUUCCAACAUUUGCCUUCAAAACCUACCAUGCCACCAUCCCCGAGGAUGUUUUGACGGGGACUGAUGUCUUGCUUGUAAAUGCUACUGAUGUUGACGAAGGUUCAAAUGCAGUCAUUAGCUACAGCCUGGUUGGUGGCAACUCCCAUUUUUCCAUUAAUCCAUCUACUGGACAAAUUAUUACAAGUGCUCUGCUGAACAGAGAGAACAAAGAAAUAUACAGUCUUGUAGUGGUAGCUACGGAUGGAGGCAUACCUCAAGCCAUGUCCAGUUCAGCCACUGUGUUUUUAACUGUUUCAGACAUCAAUGACAACCCUCCCAGAUUUCGUCAUUUCCCAUAUGUUACCCACAUUCCAGCACCCACAAAUGCAGGUUCAUUUGUGUUUGCUGUGACAGUUUCUGAUGACGAUGAAGGCUCCAAUGCGGAACUCCAGUAUUCCUUGACAGGAAGGAAUGUGGAAAAAUUCCAGAUUGAUCCAAGCCGUGGUGCUAUAAUGGCUGCUCAAAGGUUAACUGGAGGCACUGAUAUCACUGUGACUGUUAAUGUUAAAGACAGUGGAAUAUAUCCAAUGUCAGACUCCACCACUGUGACGGUGAGAUUUGGAAAUGAGGCUGAUUUUCCUCAAAUAAACGCAGGGCAACAGUCCUUUACAUUCCCAGAAGACCAGAAGAUUGAUACCUAUAUUACAACAGUGUCAGCCUCUUCAACAAGGAGUCAUGUAAGGGGGUCAUUAUCUUACUAUAUCGCCAGUGGUAACCUGGGUGAUGUCUUCCAUAUUGAUCAGCUGACAGGGAAGCUUGUUCUGAUGAAGCCAUUAGAUUUUGAAGCUGUUCAGAAUUAUGUGCUAUGGAUUGAAGCCAGAGAUAUGGGGUAUCCUCCUUAUUCUUCCUAUAAGCAAUUGGAUAUAGCUGUGCUGGAUGUCAAUGACAAUGCACCAGCUUUUAAGCAGGAUCCUUUCAUGGCCAAUAUAAUGGAGAAUACCUUCUCACAUAAAAUAACCACUGUUGUAGCAGAAGACAAAGACAAUGGUCCUAAUGGUCAAAUAGAAUAUACCAUAGUGGAUGGUAACCAAGGCAAUAAUUUCAACAUCAACAGAGAAACUGGUGAGAUCAGAAAUACUGGACCAUUGGACAGAGAAAAGAAUGCCCAGUACACAUUAACUGUAAAAGCAACAGAUAAAGGAGCUUCUUCAAGGAGCUCUUUGUGUCAUGUCAUUAUCAAUGUUUUGGAUGAAAAUGAUAAUGCUCCAAGAUUCUCACAGAUAUUUAGUGCUCACGUGCCUGAAAAUGCUGCUAUUGGCUACACAGUGACACGUGUUACCACUUCAGAUGAAGACACUGGGGUGAAUGCUGUUAGUCGGUACUCUAUAAGAGAUGUAAAUCUUCCCUUCUCCAUUAAUGCAAAGACCGGAGAUAUCACCGUCAGCAGGCCUCUGAAUCGGGAGGAUAUGGAACGCUACACAGUCAAAGUUUAUGCCCAUGAUUCUGGGUGGACAGUGAAUACAGACAUUACCAUUUUUGUGACAGAUGUAAAUGAUAAUGCCCCUCGAUUUACUCAUCCUUCAUAUUAUCUAGAGUACCCAGAGCUCACAGAGAUUGGCUCCAGAGUUACUCAGGUAGUAGCUACAGAUCCUGACAAUGGCCUUAAUGGUCAAGUGUUUUACUUCAUAAAAUCACAGUCAGAAUUCUUCCGAAUAAAUUCCAGCACAGGAGAGAUCUGUACCAAACAAUAUGUAAAAUAUCACAAUUCCACAAGUUCUAACAAUCUGAAUAUCAACAGGCACAGUUUUAUUGUAACAGCCUCAGACAGAGGUAGAAUUCCCAUGAUGAGUGAAACUACAGUCAUUAUCAACAUUGUGGACAGUAAUGACAAUGCACCGCUGUUCGAAUCUGAAAAAUACUUCACUCCUGUCACUAAGAAUGUCAAGGUUGGUACAAGGUUAAUUAAAGUCACUGCAGUGGAUGACAAAGAUUACAACCUAAAUUCAGAAAUAGAGUAUCAUAUUACUGGUGGAAACAGUUCAAAUCAAUUUGCAUUGAACAAGAAUAAUGGUUGGGUUUCUGUUGCUUCCUCUCUCAGGGCCAAUGUGAAUAAGGUGUUUUUGAUCAGAAUCACAGCAAUGGAUAAAGGUAAUCCCCCACUAUCCGCAACAUCCACUGUUCGCAUUUUGGUAACGGAAGAGAAUAUGCACACACCUCAGUUCUCUCAGAGCCACAUCAGCAUCACAGUUCCUGAAAGCCUCGCCACUGGAACAGUCAUCAGAACAGUUUCAGCCAGAGAUAAAGAUGCUGAUAUGAAUGGGUUAAUCAGAUAUAACAUUUCUAAAGGAAAUGAGGCAAGAGUGUUCUCUAUUAUCAAUUCAACGGGUGCUAUAUCUCUGGCUGGACAUCUAGAUUAUGAGUCUCAGCAAAGGCAUGAACUGACCAUUAGUGCUGAAGAUGGCGGUUGGAUGAAAAGAACUGGCUACCUUAGUAUUACUGUUCAUGUCACUGAUUCAAAUGAUAAUGCACCACUUUUCAGUCCAGAGGAGUACUUUCCAAUUAUAUCAGAAAACGCCCCGAGUGGCACAACUGUAGUUCAGUUAAAUGCUACAGAUGCAGAUUCUGGAGCAAAUGCUGUGAUAGCAUAUGCAAUUGAGACAACUGACAGUGACCUUUUUGUCAUUGACCCAAACACUGGAGUCAUCACAACUCAAGGAUUUUUGGACUUUGAAAUGAAACAGAGUUAUCACUUGUAUGUGAAAGCCUUUAACGUCCCCGAUGAGGACCGCUUUAGUUUUGCUGAUGUUUAUGUGCAGCUCAGUGGUGUAAAUGAGUAUGUCCCACGUUUUGUGUCCAGACAGUACAGCUUUGAGAUCUCAGAGGCUGCUUUAAAAGGCACCACAGUUGGGGAAGUAUUUGCAAGUGAUCGAGACCUUGGGAAUGAUGGAGUUGUUAGCUACCUACUUGUUGGUAAAAGCAGAAGGAAAGGGUUCAGGAUUGACAAAAAGACUGGACAAAUUUAUGUGUCAGGGCAGCUUGACCGGGAAAAGGAAGAAACCGUUUCCUUGAGGGUUCUUGCUAAGAAUGCUGGAAGCAUCCGUGGAUUUGAUGUUGAUGAAGUCUUUGUGAAUAUUACUGUACUGGAUGCCAAUGAUCCUCCUGUUUUUACAUCUGAGGAGUAUUCGGUACAGAUUAAUGAGGGGGCUGCACCCGGAGCUCAUGUCAUUUUUGUAAGUGCCUUUGACUCUGACUCUGUUCCCAGUUGGAGCAGAUUCACUUAUCACAUUGGAGCUGGAAAUGAAAAGGAUGCCUUUUCUAUUGACUCACAGUCUGGCCAGGUUUCAGUGGCAGCAGAACUGGAUCGUGAGUCCAUUCCCAUUUACAACCUCUCUAUAUUAGCAGUUGAUUCAGGAGUGCCUUCAGCCACAGGUAGCACCUGUUUACUUGUCAACCUGGAGGAUAUUAAUGACAAUGGACCUACUUUAAUAUCCACGAGUGGAGAAGUUGUAGAGAACCAACGUGCAGGGGCUGUAGUGAUGGCACUUAAUGCCUCUGAUCCAGACCUUCCACCAAACCAAGGUCCUUUCACCUACCAUUUGCUCAGCACAGGUCCUGCUACCAGUUACUUCACUCUUAGCUCUGGAGGGAUCCUUACCACAACCAGAGAAAUUGACAGAGAGCAGAUCAGCGAUUUCUAUUUGUCAGUGGUCACUCGUGAUUCUGGCACACCACAGAUGUCUUCCACAGGAACUGUGCAUGUCACAAUACAUGAUCAGAAUGACAAUCCAUCUGAGCCCAGAACAGUAGAGAUAUUUGUUCACUAUUUUGGAAACCUGUUUCCUGGUGGGAUUUUGGCAAGUGUGAAGCCCCAGGAUCCAGAUAUAUUGGAUACCUUCCGCUGUACUCUGACUAUGGGAUCUACAACUCUUUUUAACAUCCCAGCGGGUACAUGCAACCUAAAUUCCCAACCGAGGUCAACAGACGGAACAUUUGAUCUGAUUGUCCGUAGUAGUGACGGCUUACACAGUGCCGUAAACAGCAAUGUCCAUGUUUUCUUCAAUGGAUUUAAUAAUGUGACAAUAGACAAUAGUGUCCUUCUUCGCCUGAAUAUUGCAACUGUCAAAGAUUUUCUUACCAACCACUACCUUCACUUCCUACGCAUUGUUAACUCUCAGCUCGCAGGAAUGGGAACUGCAGUGCAGAUCUAUGGUUUUUAUGAACUGAAUGAGAAAACAUAUAUAAUGGCAGCUGUGAAACGAUUUAGCAGUCAAUACGUAAGCCCCAGUGGGGUAGCCACUUUUUUUGAAAGCAUUAAGGAAACCUUAUUCAGACAGAGUGGAGUGCGGGUAGAUUCAGUGGACCAUGACCCUUGCACUAAUGACCCAUGUCAGAAUGGUGGAAGCUGCGUGAAAAGGCUUGCCGUUGGUCCAUUAUUACAAAGCGAGGAAAGCGUCCCAGUGGUCAUUGUGGCCAACACAGCUCUAGAACCAUUCAUCUGUCGAUGUCUGCCAGGAUAUUCUGGACAUGCCUGCGAAACUGACAUAGACGAAUGUCUUCCAUCACCUUGCCACAAUGGUGGAAUUUGCCAUAAUUUAAUAAGUAGAUUUUCAUGUACCUGCCCUGAAGGGUUCAUGGGAACUGCUUGUGAAAGGGACAUCAACGAAUGUCAGUCAGAUCCCUGCAAAAGUGGUGGAACUUGCCAGAAUUUCCCAGGCGGUUUUAGCUGUGCUUGUAAAGCUGGAUAUACAGGUAAAACAUGCGAUUCUAUUAUUAACUACUGUGAAUGUAACCCCUGUUUUAAUGGAGGAACCUGCCAGAAUCAAGCUGCUGGUUAUUACUGCCACUGUCCAUUUGGUGUCUUUGGGAAGCACUGUGAACUGAACAGUUAUGGAUUUGAAGAGCUGUCUUAUAUGGAGUUUCCUAGUUUGGAUCCAAACAAUAAUUACAUCUAUAUCAAAUUUUCCACCAUUAAAGAAAACUCCUUACUAAUGUAUAACCAUGACAAUCAGACAGGAAACAAGGCUGAGUUCCUGGCGUUGGAAGUAGUGGAAGGCAAGAUGAAAUUCUCAUUCAACCUUGGAAGUGGGGCACACAGACUGAUGACAACCAAGAGGGUCUCAGAUGGACAGUUUCACACUGUGGUUGCAAGAAGGGCUGGACUGGUGGCAUCUCUAACAGUGGACUCAUGUUCUGAAGAUCAGGAAACCGGUUACUGCACAGCGACCAGUUUGACAUCAGCAACUGACUGGACUUUAGAAGUGCAACCCAACAGAUUAACAGUGGGAGGAAUCAGAUCAAUAGAACCGAUUCUUCAAAGGAAAGGCCAGGUGGUCACUCAUGAUUUUGUAGGAUGUGUGAUGGAAUUUGCUGUUAAUGGUCGUCCACUGGAACCCAGUCAAGCUCUGGCAAACCAUGGAAUUCUGGACAGAUGUGUCCGAAUGGAAGGAGUUUGUCUCAAUAACCCGUGCCAACAUGACAGCUCAUGUGUGGAUUACUGGUCAUGGCAGCAAUGUAAUUGCAAGCUUGGAUUUACAGGAAAAUAUUGUGAAAAAUUGGUCAACGUGGACACUGCAUUGUCACUGGAUGGCAGGGGACGUCUGGACUAUACGAUUAAUCAGAAUCAGAAGCGAGACUAUUUAGUGAAGCAGAGUUUGAAAGGGCAGCCUCCAGUUCCUGUGAGUGCAAGCAGCCUGGACAUAAAGUUCAGAACAAGAAGCAAAAAUGGCAUUUUAAUUCAUGUCCAGGAAAACAGCAAUUAUACUACUGUGAAGGUGAAAAACGGGAAAAUACAUUACAUCUCUGAUGCUGGAGUUGGUGGAAAAGUAGAAAGGAAUUUUCCGGAGAUUUCUGUAUCGGAUGGCCAAUGGCAUACAAUUGUGAUUGAGAAAAAUGGAUCCAUUACCACCUUUUCAGUUGACAGGAUAUAUACUAGAAAAAUCCUUCAUAACACUCAGGAUUUUGGAGGGUUGGAUGUCCUCACUGUUUCCCUUGGGGGCGUACCUCCAGGGCAGAAUUACCAAAGCACUGAUCCAGGUUUUGAUGGCUGUAUCUCUUAUGUAACUUACAAUGGAGAAACACUGCCUUUUACUGGACAACACAGGGAUGUUACAAUAUUGAAAAGUGAUCCUUCUGUUAAGAUAGGAUGUAGAGGUCCUAAUGUGUGUUCAAGCGACCCAUGUUCAGGUGGAUUAAUGUGUGUGAACAACUGGUAUGCAUACGAUUGUGUCCCACCUGGAGAAUGUGCUUCCAGCCCUUGUCAGAAUGGAGGGAGCUGUGAGCCUCUUCCAAAAUCUGGAUUUACCUGCACAUGUCCUGAACGCUACACUGGUAAAACAUGUGAGACUGUAGUGGUGUGUGUCGGUGUUCAGUGUCCCCAAGGAACUAUUUGCAAAGCUGGAAUGGAUAAAGGAUAUACUUGCAGUCCAAAGCCACAAGCGGAGGAGCUUUCUUUGCCACUCUGGGCUGUCCCUGCGAUAGUUGGCAGUUGUGCCACAUUCCUUGCUUUAAUUGUUCUCGGUCUGAUCGUGUGUAACCAGUGCAGAGGCAGAAAGGCAAAAGUACAAAAUGACGGGAAGACAAAGAAGAAGAAAGAGAAAAAGAAAAAAGGCAGCGAGAAUGAAGGAUUUGAUGAUCCAGAUAACCUUCCUCCAUAUGAUGAGGAACUGACCGUGAGAAAGCAACCUGAAGGAGUUCCAAAACCUGAUAUAAUUGAAAGGGAAAAUCCCUACUUGAUCUUCGAUGAGACAGACAUCCCACAUACAACAGAUACAUUGCCAAGUGGGCAACCAUGUAUAGGGCCUGAAACAGAACUUGAGCAUUAUGACAUAGAAAAUGCCAGCAGUAUUGCUCCUUCAGAUGCAGACAUUAUACAGCACUAUAAACAUUUCCGAAGUCACACACCUAAAUUUUCCAUUCAAAGACACAGUCCAUUGGGUUUUGCCCGACAGUCUCCUCUCCCACUAGGAGCCAGCAGUUUAAGCUAUCAGCCUUCCUAUAGCCAAGGAUUGAGGACAACCUCACUGAGUCACAGCAGUUGCCAGAAUCCUAACCCACUCUCUCGGCAGAGUCCUGCCCCAUUCUCAAAGCCAGGAACUUUCUACCGAAAUAGUCCAGCAAGAGAUUUACACCUUGCAAGGAGGGAAGGAAGCCCUAUUGAUAUACAUUCGGAUAUUUGCCAGCCUGGCAUCUUUAAUUAUGCUUCACGACUUGGAAGGAGAAGCAAAAGCCCCCAGACCAUGACAGGUCAUAGUCACAGCUCAAGGCCAGGCAGCCGCCUAAAACAGCCAAUUGAGCAGAUUCCUCUGGAGACCACACCUCCAGUAGGAUUGUCCAUAGAGGAAGUUGAAAGACUCAAUACCCCUCGCCCAAGAAACCCAAGUAUCUGUAGUGCAGAUCAUGGACGAUCAUCCUCAGAAGAUGACUGUAGAAGACCUCUUUCCAGAAUGAGAAACCCAGCUGAUGGUACGCCUGCCCCUGAAUCAUCUUCAGACAGUGACUCACAUGAAUCCUUCACCUGCUCUGAGUUUGAGUAUGACAGGGACAAACCUGCAGUGUACACUUCACGAAUGCCAAAAUUGUCUCAAGUCAAUGAAUCUGAUGCAGAUGAUGAAGACAAUUAUGGUGGCAAACUGAAGCCACGGAGAUAUCAUGGUCGUAGGGCUGAAGGAAACUCUGCAGUCCUACAGGCAAGUCAUGAAGACUAUAAGACACAACCCAAACUUGGACCACAUGGAGCUGUGACAGGAGCAUUUAACUGGGACAGUCUAUUAAAUUGGGGUCCUGGUUUUGGGAAUUAUGUGGAUGUUUUCAAAGAUCUCGCAUCACUCCCAGAAAAUGCAACAUCAGAGGCAAAAGAGGAAGCAUUAAACAAUGUUGCACAAAGUGCAGCUACUUCUAAUGAUGCAGAAGCAGAAGAAUAUGUAUAGAUAUAAUUUAUAUAGACUGUUAACUUUAAUACAUUAAUAGCUGCAAUUCACUGUCAGUGAAAAGCUGUGUAAUGGAACCCACUCAAAAUCACGUCCUGCUCUCAUCAACAUUGCCAGAUGCUGUAGCCCAUAAUCUUCUGCUGAUGAAGAAUUUGGUUCUUAAAUGAACAUUGUCUUUCAGGGUUUCAUUGCGUUUGCAGCACAAGAGGAACUAUUGCAUAAAAGCACAUAAAGAUCACAGUGAUGUUUGUGUUCUGCAGUUGCGGAAUAUUUUUCCUGACUUUUCUUUUUCAGAACUAAAAACAUAUGUGUUUGAUCUGUUUGAGCACAGUGUGUUUAUUAUUCAGCCACUGGCACUACAACAGCACACAAGUUGGCCAGCAAUUUAAACAAUUGUGCCAAUGUUGGGAGAGUGCUUCAGAACUGCCCUGGUGUAGAUUUUCCUCUUCCUCCCCCUCACCCUCCACGAUAAGUUAGUCUGUUUUAUCAAUGGGUGCAAUUUAUUCUGCCAUAAGUAAAUGUAUCAGCACCCAAUAGAAGUAUGUGAAUUGUUCAGUCUAGGAGAAAGAUUCAUUUUGUAAUGUUAUCAUUAGAAAGUAUUGUUCUCACUUGCUUGAAAAGCAGUGCUACCCUUCACUGUUUGAUAUGGGGCCAAUAUGAGGGAAAACUUAAAAAAAUAUCUGGCCUAGUUUGGCAUAGAGCUAACCUUCAAAAUUCUGAUGCAAACUUUCAAUUGUUUUCUAUGUCCUACUUCCAGGAUUCUUACUUUUAUACCAUUUUAGUAACUUUAAAAAAGACAACUCUGUUUGUUACUGAUGAUAUUUUCUUACAAAGUUUUUAAAAAUGGUUCAUGUUUCUUACUUUCAGGGAAGGUAAGAUUGAGUACUUUCUGCAUUUGUUACUUAUGUAACAUCAGUAUUUUUUUCAUUUUUGAUAUAAGUGUAACAUACUGUAUCCUUUGUACACAUAAAUGCCAAAUAUAGAAAUAAACUAUUUAUUUACAAAAAAA